AUAACUUGUUAUACUCGUAUUUAUAAGAAACUUUUGAUGAAACUAAGUAGACUAGCUUGUUCCUUUAAUGUUGUUUGUUUGAAAAAUAUAAUAAAAAGAGUCAGUUUGUUGACAGAAGCUUUAAAAUUCAGGUGUGGGGUUCCCAAAAAAAAAAAAUAAAUAAAAAAAAAGAAGACUCAAAAAAAAAAAAAAAUUUUUUUUUUAAAUAUGGAUUCACGCCCUACUCGAGAAAGAAUUCUUUCAGCUUUGAAAGCUUCAAAUGUGGAAUUUCCAGAAACAGCGUCAAUUGCACAAUUGAGAACAUUAUAUGAUUCCUUGCAAGUUAACGGUGGUCCAUCAAAGCAGACUGAAUUGCCUUCUGGAAAUGUGGUUUCUUCUGAUUCUGCUGGGAAUUCAUCUGUAACUGUCACUACAAUGUCAUCCAAUACUUUGAAUGAAACUCCCGUUAUUAAUUCCGCAACCGCCGAUCCUGAAAAUUUGCUUCAGUCAUUUCAAUGUAAUGCGAAAUUGGCGUAUCCUGUGCAAAUCUUCGGCAAACACAGACUUCAGUGCCUCCUUCCGUAAUUUCUUCCGUACCUUCCGUCUAUAAUUCUUCUGCUUCCGUUCCUGUAAAUACAGUUCAAAGACAAUUUCCUGGUACUUCAGGGACUGCUGCUUCUGUUUCUGUCGCCCGGACUUCAUCAGUUAUUUCCGAUUUAAUGAAUACAAAUACAUUGGGUGUCGCUUUUAACAAUAGAGCAAUUGGCGUGUCCUGUGAUGUUCUUCCGCAAACACAAACUUCCGUACCUCCUUCCGUAUCUUCUUGUGUUGUUUCUUCCGUACCCUCCGUCAAUUAUUCCUCAGUUUCCGUUCCUGCAAACUUACUUCGAGGACAAUUUUCUAGACCUUCUGUUCCAUCACAGGUAACAGACCCUUUCAUUCGUUCAAGCGUUUUAUCCCGUGAAGCUGAUGAACUAGAGAGUGAAAUUAGAGUUUUGAGAUUGAA